ACUGUCCUCCUUUGCAAAUUAAGAAACCGCUACACAACAGGCUCUAGCGCCAGCAGCUUUGUUAGCAAAUGUGGACGUCCGGCCUCAACUGCUUGAUAGCACGGUUAAUGUAGAUAUGCUAGGUAUCAGAUAGCAUAUGUUUUAUUCUUCAGUUUCCCAAUCGCUGUGACUUACUGGCGAAGUCAUGGAAAAACAGCCAAGGUUAUUGUCAUCUCAGCUCUUACUGAAAAACAGGGUUUUUGAAGUCACCUUAAACCGUGCAUUACUAACAUGGAAGGAGAUACAGACCAAGAAAAAACGCGUCUAUGGGAGCAUACACAGUACAUUCAAAGUUGGAUUCUGCCUCUCUAAAGUUCUCAGCAAACCCAGCGGAGAGUCAGGCAGCUACUGUGUUCCCGUGCCCGAAAUCGUAGCGGUUCGAGAGGCAGAAGCGGACGGUCGGACCAAAGACGAGGGAAGGUGGCAGAAGCUGUCGCAGAAACCUACUGAAGGAUAUCCAUGUGCUUUCACAGUGUCCUACGUUGAGAGGGGACGGCAGCACCGCUGGCGGUGCAGUGAUGUCACCUUCCACUGCUCUGAUUGGACGCUGUGUCAGCAAUGGGUCCAGAGCAUCAGGGAACAGCUGUUACUGCUGACCAGCAGACCAAAGCAUUUGCUGGUGUAUAUUAAUCCCUACGGAGGGAAACAACAGGGGAAACUGAUCUACGAGGAAAAAGUGGCCCCGCUCUUUUCCCGUGCCUCGAUAUCCACCGACGUGAUUGUUACUGAAUAUGCAAAUCAUGCCCGGGACCACUUGAAGAUGGAGGCGGACCUAAAGAAAUAUGAUGGGGUGGUCUGCGUCGGGGGCGACGGCAUGUUCAGCGAGAUCGUUCACGGGCUGGUCUCGCGAACGCAGGCGGACUGCGGCGUGGACCAGAACUGUGCAGAAGAGAAGCUGGUGCCGUGUGGAAUCCGGAUCGGCAUCAUUCCAGCAGGCUCAACCGACUGCAUCUGCUACGCCACGGUGGGGACCAACGACCCCGCGACCUCGGCCUUGCACGUCAUCGUGGGGGACUACCAGCCCCUGGACGUCUGCUCGGUCCACCACAACAACACCUUCCUCAGGUACUCGGUGUCCCUGCUCGGGUACGGUUUCUACGGCGACGUGCUGGCCGACAGCGAGAGGAAGCGCUGGAUGGGCCCGGCCAGGUACAACUUCUCAGGUGUGAAGACAUUUCUGACGCAUCAUCACUAUGAAGGGACCGUAUCGUUUCUACCAGCUACAGAUAUCUUGGGGAAUCCGAGGGACAAGACCAAGUGCAGAGCUGGGUGCUACAUCUGCCAGCAUAACGGGAAGCUCCUCUCCGAGGAGGCGCAGCUCCACAAGAUGGAGGAGCCCGUCUCCUGCAGCGAGAUGGAGGGUGAUUGGCAGGUGAUCCGUGGGAAGUUCCUGGCCAUAAACGCCGCCACCAUGAGCUGCGCCUGCCCUCGGAGCCCCAAGGGCCUGUCGCCCGCCGCCCACCUGGCCGACGGCACCGCCGACCUCAUCCUCAUCCGCAAGUGCUCCCGGGUCAACUUCCUGCGUCACCUCCUGCGCCACACCAACAAGGACGACCAGUUUGACCUGGCCUUCGUGGAGGUGCACCGAGUGCACAAGUUCCGCUUCUCCCCCACGCAGUGCGAGAGCGACCUGGAGCUGGACCUGAGAGGUGGCGGGGCAGGGGGCGGGGCAAGGGGCGGGAAGAGGCUGUUCCGGCAGAUCUGCAGAGACCACCCCGCUUGCGGCUGCACCCCCGUCAACAGCAGCUGGAACUGCGACGGAGAGAUUCUGCCCCAUGCCACCAUCGAAGUGGGGGUGCACCGCCAGCUGAUUCGCCUUUUCGCGAGGGGGAUCGAGGACCAGCCCCUGUUCGAGGACUUCUGCACCCCCUCCGUCAUAUAGCCCUCCAGGGCCACGUCAGAAGGAGAGCCCUGCGGGAUUGGACAGGGCUCAGAGGUCACACAGAGAGGUCACACUGGCGGUAGCUGCACCGCUGUCGUGCUGUUACAUUCCUCCACGUGACACGCCUGCAUUGUCCCCGCCCCCCACCCCCCCCCCAGUUGUGUCGGUGGCUGUGAUUGGUUGUUUGGGUGUAGGGGUGCCGUGUGUCUGGUACGCUGAAGGAGGUGGGAGUCGUUUAGCAGAGGGAGCUCUGUGAACUCCCCCGGUUGUUUCGGUGGCUGUGAUUGGUUGUUUGGGUGUAGGGGUGCCGUGUGUCUGGUACGCUGAAGGAGGUGGGAGUCGUUUAGCAGAGGGAGCUCUGUGAACUCCCCCGGUUGUUUCGGUGGCUGUGAUUGGUUGUUUGGGUGUAGGGGUGCCGUGUGUCUGGUACGCUGAAGGAGGUGGGAGUCGUUUAGCAGAGGGAGCUCUGUGAACUCCCCCGGUUGUUUCAGUGGCUGUGAUUGGUUGUUUGGGUGUAGCGGUGCCGUGUGUCUGGUGCGCUGAAGGAGGUGGGAGUCGUUUAGCAGAGGGAGCUCUGUGAACUCUCUGUUGGCGGCGCACAUUUAGCGGUUGCCUUUUUCACUUAACCCCGCAGACCGAGUUUCGGGUUCCUUUUUCUAAGGACCGGUGGCUGAGACAGAGGAGUCAGGGUUCCUGGACACAGGUGUCCAAGGCAAGGCCACUCUGUAUUCUCCUCUGGGCUUCCCGCUCCCCCUUGGGUAAAACGGCCGAUUUAUUUGUCUGACUGUAACAUUAUCAAGUAAGUUAAUGUAAUCUUGGUUAUGUACGUUCGCUUUUUCAGUUCAGAAAACAAGCAUUUAUCAGCUUAUUUAAAACCAUUUAUUUAAACACCGCUGCCUUGCCACAUCCCAUAGAAAAAGUGAAUUAUUCAUGCUACAAACUUGCUACAAAUUAUUCAGAGCCAAUGAUGUGCUUGGGGGAAAUGGUCCAAAACUACCAGAAAAGCAAUAAUUCUGCAUACUGUUAUCUUAUAUUACCAUGUUGAAUGCACAUCUUAUUUAAAUGACCAAGUAUACAUUUAAUCUCCAUUCAUUAUACAUAGGUUUUAAUGCUUUUUUUUUGUCUCCCAAUCCAGUGUACCGGACACAUAUUUUAGUCUCUGUCAUCACAGUGACGUGUGAUGCAAAGACAUGUCAUGCCUGUGUAUGGUUAAUGCUUUUACAAAACCGACACCCAGCAAGCAGUUCACAGGGGAGCCACUGUUUUAACUGGCGUGGUAGCAGUUUGUAGCUCGAGCAGUGUUGUGUUGAUACAUUUCUGUUGCCUGCACUGAAAAGAUCACUAGUUUAACAGAUGGGGUCUGAAUAGUGAAUCUGCUAGAUAUCAAUGUAACUUCAACUGUAGCACCAGUUUGCAAGGUUCUUAAAAAAAAAAAAAAAAACUCAGCAAAGGUAAUCAGCAAUUAUGAAGUUAUUUUUUUUUAGUGUUGCACUGCUUGUCUUAGAAUGUUAUCUGGUAUUAUCCUUUUACAGAAAGUAUUUGUAGGGUCUGUAUCUUCCUGUAGCCUUGCCAUGACUGAAGGAAGUCAUCACUGGUUUUGGGUUGAUUUGGAGGGGCAGGGAGGGAGUGGGGGUUCAGUGUGUAAAGUAUACCUUGGGUUGGUCCUGAAAAUGAGAACAUAACUGCAGAUCCACCAUGAUCCUCAAACACAUAACCAAUUAGCUCUUUAAACUCCUUAGUCCUCUGACUAUGGGAAAUGGAAACAAGACCAAGGAUAUGUAUUGACCAAAAUGUAGAGUAAAAGGCCAAGAUUCCUGCAUGCUGCCUACCUUCCUAUCUGAACCGGUUGCGAUUCAUUUUAGAUGAUAAAUCCUUAUGCCGCAUUUGGCAGAAGAGAUUAAUUUUUUAACUGGUCGGAGGUGUCCAUCUAAUUUUCAUUCUCAGGAGCAGCCCCAGAUAUUGCUGAUGUGGUGCGGCAGUAGCAGGGCCUUGCACCUUGGCACUUUUAAACUGUUAAGGUAUAGAUCUCCUUCGACCCCUGAGACAUAGACCUCCAGCAGAGCUGGCCUCUGACUGGAUCUAUUCCGUCAGUGUGUUUGUCCCAUGUAGACACUGGUUCAACGAAAUCAUGAAAAUGUCAAUUCAUGAAUUCACCGGUUUUGAUUUUUUUUUUUCUUCCUGUGCAGAGAAUACCUGUUACUCUUUUAAGGAUGUAGCUUACUGCUGCUAUGGCAAAAAAAAAGUGUUUAGAAAUAGAUGUGUGAUCUAAUUGUUUUUUUGUUUUUUUUGGCUUUAACGACGAUAGAAAAUAUUGUAGCAUUUCACUGUGGAGAUGAACUGUGCUGAAGUGCUGUGGAGAAAACUGUAGCCAGUCCCAUUCCCGAAUCGUAAACCUUGUAAGUGAUGGAGUAUUAUUGCCUUUCCAGCACUCCAGUUCUUUUGAAGAGGGGCUUCACCAGAGGCAGCAAUGCACAAAUCCAACAGUAAAGUCUGAUGUGCAUAAACUCACAUUUGUUUAUCACAUCGACAGUUUUUUAAAGAAAACCGAUCUUCAUACGCAUCUCAGCUUCAAACAAAAUGUUUUUUUUUUCUUGUUUGUUUUUUUGAGAAGAAAACUUUGGAAACAGUUUCACUGGACACGCCAAAAUAGUCUUGUAAACACCACGUGCUUGCUAUGUGCAUGGUCCUUCCAAAUGACUACUUUCCAGGGGAGUUAAUGUGUACUUCGGAGUUUGUUUUUUCACAGACGUUUUAAAAUGAUGUCAAGCUGUAGAUCAGAUAUUAAAUUAUAACCAUUUAAUCAUGUGCAAAUACUGCCUUGGGGGUUCAGCUUUGGAAGCUGAAACUCCAGCAGGUUAAUCUGUGUAAGUUUUCCAUACAGAAAGGCAUAAUCAUAUCUGCCAUUCUUGUGCUUCUUUGGAUAUUUUACAAAUGUACUGCCUCAUAAUCAUCAGUUUUAUUUUUCAAGUUUAUAUAAGGCACCUCACCUUAUUUGUAAUUGAUAUCCAGUAUUGUGAAUAAUCAGUAUAUUUGCUGUAGUAUGCUCUGGACAGGUCAGGUUGGUCUGUGUCUUCAUCCCUGCCAAUGGGUUGAAGGUCUUUAACU